AACCAAACUGUCUUGAGCGCGGAACCCGAAUUUUAUCUGACAUGACAUUGAAUGCACGUCACUGAGUGGAUCCCAAUAACGUCAGUUUAUUAUUCGUGAAUCACCAAGAACAGACUGAUCUCGGUGUUGAUUUGGAAGCCGAUUGUUUUCCUGGAGACACUUCCUGAUGGAGAUACUCGGCUGUGUUGACAUAUCUCCAACAUGGAUUCUGUGGAUAUCGGUUUUGUUUCUGAUUUAUGUAUAUGGAAAGAAGAGGAACCGUUUGUUCAAGGAUGCUGGUAUUCCUGGUCCGGAGCCUGUGAUUUAUAUUGGGAACUUCCAUCAAAUGAUUCAGCACGGUCUGGACUUUGACAACAAGCACUUCAAACAGUAUGGUAAAGUAUUCGGGAUUUUUCUGGGUGGCCUUCCGAUGGUCAGUGUACUUGAUCCCGACAUUGCCAGAGAGAUCCUGAUCAGGGAUUUCCAGAAUUUCACGGACAGAGUGAUAUUAGACCUGAGCAACUACCCAGUGAACAAAAGUGUUCUCCUUGAGAAAGGCGCCAACUGGAAACGAAUCAGGAAUAUUAUAAGCCCGACAUUCAGUGCCUCCAAACUUCGCCUGAUGUGCGACCGAAUAAACCAAUGCGCCGAUAAACUUACAACCAACUUUGUUAAAGCAGCGGAAUCGAACGAGAGGAUUGAUGUCAAAGGAUACUUUGGUGCAUUCACAAUGGACGUCAUAGCAAGCACAGCGUUUGGGAUCGAAGUGGAUUCCCAAAGUGACUUUAAACAUGUUUUUGUUCAGGAGGCAAAGAAGUUCUUUGGGCAAGGAAUCUUAAACCCUGUUAUGAUGAUUAUUAUGCUUUUCCCCGCACUCACACCCUUCUUCAGAGCUUUAGGUGUGAGCGGUUUUUCAAAGAGCACCCUAAAGUUCUUCACGAAGGUACUGAAUGAAAUGAUUGAACAACGCAAGACUGAUUUAAGGAACGGAAAGCCGAAAAGACAAGACUUCUUCCAACUUCUGAUGGACGCAGAGGAUGAUGGGACUGAUGAAAACCCCAGUCAGAGUGGAUCUCAAAGCAAAAAAAUGACCAACGACGAAAUACUUGGACAGGCUUUAUUAUUCUUCAUUGCUGGAUACGAAACUACGGCCAACACCCUCCAUUUUGUUGCCUACUCUCUGGCUAUGAACCCGGAUGUACAACAGCGGCUCACUGAAGAAGUCGACUCGGUUUUGGGAGACAAAACUCCAAACUAUGAUAAUAUUGGCGGACUGAAAUACAUGGAUCACGUAAUCAUGGAGACACUCAGACUAUAUCCGGCUGUAACUGGAGCAACCCGCGAGGCCACGGAGACCGUCACCAUCAAGGGUUACACAUUCCCCAAGGGCUGUGCAGUCGUCGUCUCUGCUUUGGGGAUACACAGGGAUCCUGACAUAUACCCUGACCCCCACAGCUUUAAGCCUGACAGAUGGGACCGGAAGUCUGAAAUGGAUCCCAUGAAUUAUCUCCCCUUCGGUCAUGGUCCACGUCAGUGUUUGGGAAUGAGGCUUGCACAGAUGGAGAUGAAGAUGGCCCUGGCCCGAAUUCUCAGACAGAUUCAAUUUGUGCCGGCACAUGACACAUUGGCAUCUAUCAGAGAAGAGGACGUCGAUGUAUAUACAGGAAUAUUCAACACCAAGAAGCCUAUCAUGCUCAGGGUCCAAGUCCGUUCAGACGAGUAAGAUGGCAAAGACCCAGUGUUCUCAGAGUCUGACAGCGCCGACAUCCGCAUCAUCCAGUGUAUUACCUCCCUUGUGUUACAUUAAAACCAGGGACCAUUUCACCAA